GAACGUUGGAAAUCUGUACUGACAGUUUAUCCUGCGAUUGAUUGCGCAUCAAUAGAAAUACUUGCGCUAUUCAGACGAGUUAUAUGAUGUCAUUUGGCAUGUGGCGUGUUGUGGCUGAUCUUGUGAAUCGAUGAAAAAAAAAUUUCAACGGAAACGGAAAAUUCUCGGAUGAAUUUCAACGGAUAACGGAACUCACCGGGAAAAUUGGAUUGCCGGUAUCGUAAAUGCUCAGGGAAAAUUUCGAUUAAAACUUAGAUAAAUCGCAGACAAAAUCGGGACUUGACAUAUCUAUCUUUGAAAAUCAGAAAUUUGCUUUCUCGGCCAUAUUUCCAAAUUCAAAGAACGUUUUAGAAACUAAAAAAUCAGAUCCGCGUGGCCUUAUUCCCGAAAAUCAGUAUUCUAGUGAUACUUUAGGGCAGUGAGAAAAAAACUAUAAUUCUUAUUCGUUUAGUACCCGGCGUUUGUACAGUGAAAGUGGUAUUUCCGUUGGAAGCCCCACCUCCCACGAAUGGAACUCGUGCACCUCGUGUGUAUGUGUGACGUUUUUUUUUUCUGUUGAAUUCGAGCCACACGCGAGAUAUCCACGGGCAAUCAAAUCGUCCUCAGCUCCGGACACGGAAGCACGUCAUUCCGCUCAUUGGCGGCGAUUUUGAAUAGCAGAAUCAAUGACAUCGUAAAGAUGAAAUCGUUCAAGUAUCAGUUGACUCCAGAAAAAUUGAAAAAAAUUGGAUCGAGUGUGUUUUCUGAUGAAUAAUUGUUCGAGGGGUUGAGUAGGGGUGAAUGUGGUUCUUUUGGCUGAUGUCAACGGAGAAAAAGACAUACAUCCUCUGAGAGCUGGGGUUUUACGUAUCUUGUGACAGUGAUUUUGUGAAAUAUUAAUUGUACCGCCAAAAUGAUGAGAAUUCUCGGCCAACUACUACUUAUGGUACUGGUGGUGGAGGGUUCAUUGGGUGGUUGGCGUGAGCCUUGUGGCUCUUAUGGAUGCCCACAUCAGCCUCGUUACGACGAGCCUUUCGUUCCUGCACCACCCGGUCAUACGCCCCGUUGCGCCAAACCCGGCCAAACCUUCUGUGAAACACUUGAACAUUAUCCAAAGCAAUUGAUUAAAUUCCUGGUGGAAAAGUGCAGCUACAAUUUUGCGUCAGUUUUGAGGGACGAGUCUCCCUCCGAUUUCAACGUUUACAGAGGAAAGCCCGAUUACAAUCACGGAUACGUGUAUCCAAGGCAGGAAGUACCGAAGUUUUACAGCCAACCGAUUGCUCCGGCCUCGUACCCCGUCGUCAACCAGUCACCCGUGGUUUAUGGUGCAGCCACCAAUGACAGUGAACAUGAGGGGUACCAGUACCGAGCUCCUGCUGAUAAUCAUCACAAUCCACUGCUUCUGGACAAUGUGAUGAAGUAUGAGGGAGGACAAACUUUUCCAUCGGAAUGGAUAGCGAAUGGAAACACAAGACGAGAGACGAUUAAUCGAAAUCGUUCGCAUCGUGAGAACCCUUUCCUACCUCCAAACAAUCGUGCCAAGCGACAAGUAUCUUCCGAAGUGAUAUCCCUCUGCGAAACAAACUCCCAAUACCUAAUGCCUCGAGCAGCUCUGAACAAACGCGGCAACUGGAUGUACGUUGUUAAUUUACCCGAGACACGUGAAAAUUACUCGCAAUUGGUGAAGACUGAAACAUGCUCCACGACAACAUGCAAUGGUUUGUGCUCAUUGCCACUGGGAUACGUGAGUAGAUGUGAACAACAGUACGUCCAGAAACGAUUGGUAGCACUCGAGGGCAGUGGAGAUCGUCUCUACACCGAUGUCUUCUGGUUCCCCCACGGAUGUGCAUGCCAAGUCGUCCAGAAUUUCUAGUGCCAAAGAGUAUGGACUCAAUGACUACUAAUUAAUGUGAAUUAAGUGAAGUAAAUUAAGUCAAGUUUUAGAAAAUUAUCGAAACGGGGCGAGACGAAUAGUGAUUUUUUCUCCAUUGACUCGGGAAAAUUUAUAGAUGGAAUAUAUUAGCAUAUAAUUAAUCUAUAUUCUGCAUAUGUACCGUGUUUCUUGGAAUAUCAGGUAAAUUGUCUGGGAGAAAAAUUUCCAACGAGCAGAUCGAUAAUUCCAGCCAAUAUUUAACAGUGCAAUUAGCGAAUUAUUCAAUAAGUGGAUUUCCCCGCGAAUCAGAACACUCAGGAGAGUUCGAUGACUCGUCGAUUAGUGACCAGUGUAUGAAGAGAGAAAGGCGUCGAACGGAUAUUAUGAAUAAUGUAUUAACGGUGACAUGUAGAAUCCAGUCUCUCUCUAUUUAGCGAGUUUACUCGUCCGCGAAUGAAUUCUCAGCGGAUUUCAUCCAUUGUCAAAUUCACAUUUAUCGAGUAAUGUCUUUCAUCACUGAGUGCUUGCUGACUCAAUGCUCCUUUCUCUCACGUGAUCGAUAGCAUUACAAUUAUCAACGAGUCAAUGAGCACCAGUGAACUGUCAUCCGCAGCGUUUAAAUCUUUGCCGGAGGGUUUUCAGGAGAGCGCGGGAGUUUCAGUCGGUAAGAAAGGAUUUUUAGUGUAAAAAUAAGUCCAGAGAUGGCGAUACUUGAGAUUUAAAUUCAAAACUAUAAUUUUCGCAAUAAAUCGCGAAACUUUGUCAAGAAACAUUAUUUAUAUUGUUAAUUUUUAGUGGUGUAUUUAACUUCGUCUGUCGAAACUUCUACUUCACCCCAUAUUUUACCAGUUAUUUAUUAUAUUUUUGUGAUAAUUAGUGAUAAGACACAAUUUAUAUUCGUAAUUAAGCUUCCUUCAUUGCUUACAUUCUUAUGUUAUAAAUAAACUGUCUGACAGAUUUCUAAAAAAAAAGUCAA